GGAAAAUGAUGGUAUCUCUUUCGUACAUGGAAAAUUUGGCAAGAUAUGUUUUAAUUUUCUAUUUGACUUUAAUACAUUUUUAUCUUUUUCAUGAGAGUCCUCAAAGGAAAUAUUCAACUGUUCAUGCGGCAAUUAUUAAAGAAUUCAAAAUUGGGUACAUUGAUGAAAAUCAGCGCAUUGAGUGUCCAUUUCCUUCCUAUGGUAUAAAUUGUAAUUCUCAAUGUUCUUGUGAAAAGAAAAAUUGUCACCAUGUACAUGGGUGUCCCCAAAAUACAGAAGAUUGUCCACUCGGGUUUUUUGGAACAUCAUGUGAUCAACCGUGUCGGUAUCCAAAUUAUGGAAAAGAUUGUCAGGAGAAAUGUAAAUGCAGCAUAGAAUUCUGUAAUAAUGAAUUUGGCUGUCAAGAGGCAUUUGAAACUACACAGACAAGCGAUGCGUUACUUUUGACAUCUUUAUUACAUCAAACCAGUGAUUAUGAUAUUCAACCUAAUACAACUGGUCAUACUUUCCUGACUUCUCCAUUGGUUGGUGGAUUAACGAAAAAAAGUAGCAGUUUUACUCAAGGUUUUAUACACACUUUUAUGGACACUUAA